GUCUGAUAACGCAGAGGCAGAGAGAGACAACACAUCUGCUGAGAGGUCAACCAGUACACGCUGUUUUCUUCAGGCAACCUCACACUUUGGAUAUUUGGCUACAGUGUUUCUGUGCAUGAUAGGCCACAAUGUUGUCCAAGAGGGAGAAAGACUUAAUUAAGGAAAUAUGGGAAAGACUGACUCCUGUGGCAGCAGAGAUUGGCGCAGAUGCGCUCCUUAGGAUGUUUGCUUCUUAUCCGGGCACCAAGACAUAUUUUUCCCAUCUAGACAUCAGUCCUAACUCAUCCCACCUGCUUGCUCAUGGGAAGAAGAUAGUCCUGGCUAUAGCUGAGGGGGCCCAAGACAUCAGUCAGCUAACUGUCACCCUGGCUCCCCUGCAGACUCUGCAUGCCUACCAGCUUCGGAUAGACCCCAGAAACUUUAAGCUGCUGUCGCACAGUAUGCUCGUCAGCCUUGCCUGUUACUUGGGGGAUGAAUUCACACCGGUGGCUCAUGCCGCAAUGGACAAGUACCUGUCAGCGUUUGCUGCUGUUCUUGCUGAGAAAUACAGAUGAGGCUCAAGCACUGGGUUUCCAGAAAGUAUAUCAGGCAUUUAUGGUGUUAUGUAAAUCUCUUUGUUUUUCUCUGUAUGUGUCACUGUCAUUACUUUGUUACAUUUUUUAAUGGUCAAAAAUGUGCAAUUAAUGUGUUUUUCUGCUGUUAUAGUAUCAAAUAAAAACAAAUCGAAUCUGUGGUUUUCCAUGCAUUAUCAUAUUA